UCUGUCCACCUGCUAUUGUCGAGUUAACUGUCAGAUUUGACAAUCGGUCAUUUGACGGUCUCUCAAGAUGUCCGUCCCCUACAGACAGGACAUGCCCCCUACGGGUGGGUUCGAGGCAAUUCGAUACAAGCGUUACCUGCCAUACAAGGGACCCAGUGGUGCUGUGAUCUUUGGCGCCUUCUUCCUUGUCUCGGCCUAUGGAUUGUACCGGGUCGGGAUGGGCAACAGAGAGAAGCGAGAGCUGCUUCGGGAAAAGCAAUGGGCGCGUAUCCACCUCGUCCCCAUUCUCAUGGCUGAGGCCGACCGAAACCUGGUUCGACGUGAAUAUGUUGCGUUGGAAAGGGAAAAGGAGCUGAUGAAGAAUGUAAAGGGUUGGCAGCCUGGCGGCAAGGUGUAUCAUUCGGACAAGUACAUACCGCCGAGCAUUCAAAUUUAAGGACGGGGUAGCCGACCCGUGCCUUUCUUUCCAUACAAUGAAUGGGAUAUUGAUGAUAUGACCAAGCACCUAUCGGACGGAUCGUGCCGGAGGUGGAACGCCGCCCGGUGGAGGGAGGGAAUAGUUCCGAACCUUCUUCGAGCGGGCGCACGAUUGUGAAAUUGACCGGAUUGAGUUUUG